AUGAAGUCGUUUACCACCACCAUCAUCCUAGUGCUCCCUCUUCUCGCAUCUUGUUCCUCCAAUGACCCGAUCCCGGUUGCUACCAGGGAACAUUGGAUGCAGCGAGCAAUCGACGCCCUGUCCGAACUGACCAGCACUCCUUGCCCCUUUGAAGCAUUCGGUGCUGCCAUCGUAAAUCACACCGAUGUCACAAAUUCGGAGCAUGGCGAACUCAUUUGCCUGGGCGUGAAUUCUAUCAUGAAGCUCGGCAAUCCCACCCUCCAUGGCGAGACAGCCGCCAUCAAUAAUUGCUCGGGGAUUUUGACCUCAGAUCCCUACAAUCUCAGCGGGGCUGAGGCGCUGAGAGCUUUCCGAGAUUUGAGUAUCUACACAACGGCCGAAGCAUGUCCGAUGUGUGCCACCGCGAUCCGAUGGGCUGGAUUCAAGGAUUACACCUACGGAACGUCGGGCAAGACUCUGAAAAGUCAGGGGUGGCCUCAGCUGAGCUUGUCUUCGUCUGAGCUCUUCGAACACACAUCGAGCCUACCGACCGAGACCCGCAUUGUCCCUGAUGUUCUGGCCGACGAGACAGACCCUCUCUUUAGAUGGCAGUACGACAGCUCAGGAAAAUGUCCAGCAGGAUGUCGACGCGCGAGAGUAAUGGAUACGGAAAAUGGAGAGCACGGUCGGACCUGCAUUCCGGGCGAUCCCAGCGAAGAAGAAAGCCUAGCGGGAGAGGUAGCUGAAGAUGUCGCCAAGGGCACCGCGAAAGGCAUGGCGGGGCUCUGGUCCGUGUUGUUUGGCCUCUUCAAGGUCGCCGCUCCGGUUGGCGAUGAGUUGUAG